AGCGUCUGCUAAUGCUUGCACUAUUGCGCAUACGCGAGGUCUGUCCAAUUCGCGUUCAUCCAUUUAGCGAAACGAGACGUAAAAGAACGAUACUUGGUUGAAUUCACCUUAAUUUGCUCAAAGAGUAUAAUUGGACAGGUGUGUUACGUUUUUGAAGUUGAAGAUGCCAAAGUCAAAAGAAUAUGUCUCUGACAGUGAUGAUAGCAGUGAAGAGGAAGUAAAAGAAGAUGAUAGCAAAGCGACAAAAGAUGAGAAGAAACCAGCAAAGAAGGCGAAAACUGACGAUGAAACUGUUUGGGACUUGGGCAGCAAUCGUCAAGUAAAUGUGAGAAAUUUCAAAGGCAAAUAUUAUGUUGAUAUCCGGGAGAUGUAUUAUGACAAGGAAGGUGAUUUAAAACCUGGAAAAAAAGGAAUAUGUUUAUCCAUGCAACAAUGGCGAAAGUUCAUGGAUGUUGUGGAAGAAGUGGAUGAUGUGGCCAAAUCAAAGAGUUAAAAUUUUAAUUCUAAUGAAUUUCAAUUAAAAAAUGUGUUUUCUUAUAUUCACAAUUUUUUUCAACGUUAAGAUUUUGAAAAUGUGUAACUACUGUAUACUUUUUUUUUAUAUUGAAUUAAAAGUAUUUCUGUGAAACUGAA